AUGCAGGAACUUUUUGCUCGUUUUGGGGUCCCCAAGUCUAUUACCAACGAUGGAGCCAAGUGUUUCACAGGUACGGAAUUCAAUACGUUCUGCGUUAACGGGAACAUAAAACACUUGGCGGGAGCUCCAUUCCGCCCGGAAACAAACGGGGCAGCCAAAUCAGGGGUUAAAAUAGUGAAAAACUUCUUUAAAAAAAACCAAACAACCAGCGCGACGUUAAUACAGAAAUUCCUAUUACUUUACCGCAAUACACCGCACUCGGCAACGCGCCAGACACCGGCAAAAUUAUUACUUGGACGUAGCACCCGUACACAGUUCGAUAUGUUGAUUCCCAGUACAAAGGACGUGGUUAGUGAUCACCAGGAUUCACAAAUCAAACGUCACGGUAAACGACAGCACGAAAUCCAACAGGGAGACACAGUGGCCGUGCGUGAUUAUCGGACGAGUGAAAACAAGUGGUCGAUAGGGACUGUUACGAAAAAUGUGGGAAAACAAGCGUUUGAGGUGGAUACCGAGGCGGGCACUUGGAAGCGACACAUAGAUCAGACCAUUAAAAUACCAAAUAGGGACUCAGGAGUGUUGGAAGCCGAAUGUAGCGUAAACCCACCCGACCCAAGGGGGGAAAUAGUUCCAGAGGGGACAGGGAAGGAUACAGACGGGCCAGACAGGGAACCCGAGACAAUCUCAACCGGACGUGCUCGCCCGACUAGAAUGAAAAGAUCGCCCGACCGCUAUACAACAGUAGAUUUUAGGAAAUAA